AUGGAUGAAUAUUAAGUCGUAAUAUAUAUGUCGAUCAGUUACCAAAAUAAAAAAAAUUCUUGCCCGCUGUCCGGUGUAACUUGCUUACUUAAAACACUAAUAAUAAGAAGAAAUGUAUCUAUGGAAUCUUCUGAUCUUUUGAAUGGAAUUUUGUUUUGACAUGUGACGUGUCAAGGAUGUCAAUUUGUUUAGGAAUCAUAUUUUAAUCAAUAGAAAGGCGAAAUUAUCGAGUAUGGAGUUUUUUAAGAGCGGUUUAAAAUCCGUGCUAGGGGCCCCACCUCCUGGCUCUCAGCCGACCGGAGCAGAGACUGUGGAAAGAUUGGUUUCUCGAGUAAGUACUAGUACCCUUUUGGAAGAUAGGCGGGAUGCCUGCAGAGCUCUUAAAGCUUUAUCGAAGAAGUAUCGCUUGGAAGUUGGGGCACAGAGUAUGGACGUUCUGCGGCAAGUUUUGGAGCUUGAUCGCAGCGACCCAGAAAUUAUUGGCUAUUGCUUAGACACUUUGUGUAACAUUACGUCUGUUGACGUGUUUGAAGAGGAACAAGAUUCAAGUAUGGCCAUGCCGAAUAUCAAUGUGGGGGAACAGUUUGCUGAAAUGUUCUUGAAGAAUGCCGAUAAUGUAGGCAUUGUUCUUGGUUUUUUAGAAGAAUAUGACUUUAGGGUAAGAUGGCCAGCAGUCAGAUUGUUAACAUCUUUGACAACAUGCAAGCCAAAAGAAAUUCAAGAUAUAAUCCUAGUAAGCCCAAUGGGGGUGUCAAAGUUAAUGGAUCUGUUAGCUGAAAAUCGUGAAGUAAUUCGGAACGAUGCCCUUCUACUUCUUAUAAACCUAACAAAAUCCAAUGCAAAUAUUCAAAAAAUUGUUGCCUUUGAAAAUGCCUUUGAUAGGUUAUUCACCAUUAUAAAUGAUGAAGGCCAUUCUGAUGGUGGUAUAGUGGUGGAAGAUUGUUUGCUUUUAAUGUUAAAUUUAUUAAAAAAUAACACCAGCAAUAUAAACUUUUUCAAAGAAGGAUCUUACAUCCAAAGAUUGUGUCCAAUGUUUGUACUGCCCGAGAAUUUGGAAGAAGUGGGUUGGAGUCCACAGAAAAUAUCCAACUUCCAUUGCGUGUUGCAGGUGGUACGAACUCUAGUUUCACCUAAUAAUCCCGCUCAAAUUAUAACAGCUUGCCAGAAAAAUUUGAGGAAUGCCAACUUGCUGGAAUCAAUUUGCAGCAUAUUGAUGGCUAGUGGCGUUCCUGCUGACAUCCUUACAGAAACCAUAAACACAGUAGGGGAAGUGAUUCGCGGCAAUCUCACCAAUCAGGAGUACUUUGCUAAUGUGCUCGCGCCGUCCAAUCCACCCCGGCCUGCGAUCGUGGUCCUGAUUAUGUCGAUGGUGAACGAGAAGCAGCCAUUUGCCCUGAGGUGUGCCGUGCUCUACAGUUUCGAAUGUUACUUGUACAAAAACGAAAUCGGACAGGAACUGGUUGUGCAGACGCUGCUGCCCAGUUCGACGGGAACCAAUGCCGUUACUACCGGACAGCUGCUCUGCAGCGGUCUAUUCAGUAACGACGCUCUAAGCAAUUGGUUUUCCGCGGUCGCUCUUUCGCAUUGUCUCAUUGAAAAUCCCGCCCAGAAGGAACAGUUGCUAAGAGUGUUAUUGGCUACGAAUUUGGGCGCUCAGCCGGUAAGCCUGCUAAACCAAUGCGCCGUGUUUUUACAGCACACGAGUAAAUUGCAGUCCAAAUUAGGCAUACUGAUGCUGAUUUCGAUGUGGAUGUCUCAUUGUCCCGCAGCCGUGAAGGUAUUUUUAAACGUGCCAGGCGCCAUGGCGUUUCUGACCGCUCAAACGUCGGCCAGCGAAUACGACAAUAACGAAGAACUCCUCCAAGGGCUGUGCGCGUUCGUAAUGGGCCUGUGCGUCGCCUUCAACGACAACUCGGUACCUAAUUAUUCCAAAGAAAACUUGUCCCAGUUGAUCGAAAAACGGGUGGGCAUCGAAACCUACUGCAACAAAUUGUCGGAGGUGUUUCGUCACGAGGUCUAUGCGAAGGCGGCAAAACAACCGCAAAUCAGGGCGCGACAGUCCGGCGAGUUGCUGCUGGAGUUCGAGUUCUGUAAGUUGUUUAAGGCAAUGGAGGGGCUGAUCAUACAGGCGCUGGGGGUGCAAAGGGACUUGUCGAAUGGUAUCUCGGAGUUGAGUUUGAGCGACCAUGAGAACGCUUUGUUGCUGCAGUACAAGGACUUGAUCAGGGAACAGGACAAAAAGUUGCAGGAGCUGCAGAAAAAGUUUGGACAUUUGCAGAAAGAUAAUGACCUUUUGAAGGUGCAAAUUGAGGAACUGCAGCAAACAAAUGCGCAAAUUUUAGAUCAAAAUACAUUACUAAAAGCACAGUUGUCGGCGGGUGCCUCGCACGUGAUUGAUCCGAUAGAGCGCGAGAGAGAAAACGAGUUCAACGGAAUUCCGGACUCUGGAAAUCUCGACGUACUCAGCACAAAGUUAAAAAAUCUGGAAGAAGAGAAUGCUAGGAUCCCGAAACUAGAGGAGGAACUGGCGAGAAAAACUGCACAGAUGGAAGGUUACCAAAAAGAUCAGGACGAUUUAUUGGAGUUGUUGGUCGCGCAGGAAGCGAAGUUGAAUAAUUUGAAGGAAAGGCUUCGAGGAUUGGGCGCGUUGAGAGAGGACGACGAAAGUUCGGCGGAUUCGGAUAAUGACGCCGAAAAAAACCCAUAGUAUUAGAUGUUAAUUAAGUUAUUGCAUUGCUGUCUACACUGUUUGGUUAAUACUUUUAUUUAUUACAUUGUCCUUAUA